AACUUCGGGCGAUGGUCUCGUGAACACCAACAUUGUCAAUGUGCAUGCCCAGUGUGACUUUAACCUCACAUCGAGUUCUGCCUAGUGUGGGCGUUUGGCUGAGAUAGUGUCGAAGACGGUUCAUUCAACUAGAAGAUUGACAAGAUGGCAGUCCCCAACAAGCAAGGCAAGAUGCAAGGCUUCGUCAACUACCGCAUGCGCGCAACCCUCAACGACGGACGUCAGCUCGUUGGCCAGAUGCUCGCCUUCGACAAGCACAUGAACCUCGUCCUUGCAGACUGCGAUGAGUUCCGCAAAGUGCGACGCAAGACCAAAGGCGCCGGCGCCCCAGGCUCAAGUGGCGCAACGCAAACAGUGGAGACGGAGGAGAAGCGCUCGCUUGGUCUCGCCAUCGUUCGUGGCGCGACGGUUGUUUCAUGUUCGGUUGAAGGACCACCGCCGAGUGAUCCCGCUGCUAGGCUGGGUACGAGUGCGCCGGGCGGUGUGGCACCUGCAACUAUGCAAGCGGGUCCUGGUAUCAGUCGACCUGCUGGCAGAGGGGCUGGGAUUGGGUUGCAAGGACCUGCGGCGGGUGUUGGAGCCUCGCCGUUUCCGGGCUUUCCUGGUGCGCCACCUGCUGGGUUUCCGGGUAGAGGCGGACCUCGUAAGCUCUGCCACUAUGCUCAAGUCUAACUCAUGGCACUAACGUUGCGACACAGCUCCUGGCUUCCCGCCUGCCGGCUUUGGUGGACCACCGCCAGGAUUCAAUCCUGCCUUCUCUCCCGCUGGCAGAGGCUUCCCGCCACCCCGGUAGAGCUGCGUCGGAAAUGACACACGAUGGACCGAUCAUAGGUACCAAACCAAGUAGUCGCGUCACCCGUGCGAGACCCAAACUUUGCGGGCCAAGGCAAAUCG